GUAUUUGAUAAGAUAGGUAGUCACGGUAUGUAGCUCAGCAGAUGUUCAGACGACUUCAUCUCAUGUACUGUACCAACCAGAUCAGCAUCCGCGAUGUUUGCAUGCAUGGAGGGAGGUAUCCGUACAUGUGGGAGGUUGACGUGCCCCACCACAAAUGCACCUGGCUCUGCAAACACGUGUGUUUGUAUGAGGUACCUUAGCUUCCCGUCAGCAUUGCACUCCCCAUCUUGUCCCGGCCUGGAAAGUACAUUUCGACCCCUGGUCAUCAUGUGUGGACGAAGAAGCACGUCUGAAUGUAGUGAGUAUGUACGGAGUAUACACCCUACCCUUUUCCAUAACCGAAUGAGUAAUGACCUAUUAGCACUCGAGGCACUCUGUACUUUGGGGUGGUGAUGAUCUACUUAGGGUAGGGCUCCACUAUUGUUCUCUAACUCUUGCAGGACCCCCACUCUGCUCCAUCAUGUCAUUGUCCAAGGCACAGCCGACUCGG